CCUCAGCAGUGCUUUUCUGACUCCGGAAAUAUGCAGGUGCCACUCGAAGUGCAUCUCCAAAUCUUAUUGGCUGUUGGUUUGGCCGUCCUCUGUUUCUGCCUGCUGAUUGGCUGCAUCUUCUGUUAUUAUCACUAUAAGCUCCACCCCAAGGAUGACAAGGAGGUGGGACUAUCUGCACCUCCCCCACCUGCAGAUCAUGUGACGGUCACUCUAAGCCCCUCCCCUUCCAUCAUCACUCAGCCAAUCAAACAGCAGUAUGAGGAGCUGGACGGAGACGUUCUGGAUUUCCCAUCAGUAAACAGCAGUUCAGAAGAUGAUCUUUCAAUGUCGUCUCUCCCAGGACCUCCGAAAUCUCGUUUCAGCCUGCGACGCUUAAGCUCACCUGUAAUUACCUGUAAAUUAAGUAAACCUGCAGCUCGUGGACGUUCCUCACUUCCAACUAUACCUAAACUCAGCCUGUCGGUGAAGUCUCGUAGCAGAAUUGAUGAUGAUUUAAACUCGGAAAACAGCAAGAUUAACGUCUAUAAUGACAGACAUUACGGCUCUAGCAGAUCCAUACCAUCUAUUAGUUUCACUUUGCUGUAUUCAUCAUCCAAUGGCAGACUGACGGUCAGUGUUUUGGGGGUUUUUCGGGGCUCCAGGAGACUCAAUGGGAUGCAGGUUACUGCCAGUCUGCCUCCGCUUUGCCCUGAAACUCUCCAGGCUGGCCGGAAGCAAAGACGCCGCCGCAGCCUCAGUGCCGAGUGUCCAGCGCAGGUGGUCAGUCUGCAGGUGUGGUCAGUGCAGGAGCUCCAGACCUGUACCCUCAGACUGAGUGUCUCCAGCAGGGAUUUCUCCGGCCUCAGGGAGACACCGCUGGGAGAACUGGAGAUGCCCUGUGCUGAAAUCCAGUGGGAAUCUGAUCACACUAUCAGCUUUACUCGACAACUCAACCCUGCAAGGAGGAGGCUGAGGAAGAGUCAGAGUUGUCAGGCUGCAGUGGGAGCUCCAGUGUGUCUGCUGCGCUCUCUGGGUCAGAUCCUGAUUCUGCUGCAGCAUCAGACUCUGGCACACCGCAUUAAAGUCAUGGUCAGGAAAGCCCAAAACCUGCCCAAACUCUCCAGGAUGCCUGGGACUCCAGAUCACUCCGUCAUCAUUAACCUGCUUCAGGAUGGUACAGUCAUCAGCACUAAGGAGACCAAGGGCUCGAGUGGACUGAACCCGGUUUGGAACGCUCCCUUUCUGUUCGAUCUACCAGCCGGAGACAUCAGCACCCUGAUGCUGGAGUUCAUCAUCAUGCAGGGACGACUGUACGCGAAGAGUUGCAUUUUAGGUCGUGUUCUGAUUGGCUGUGAAGGUUCUGAGGCGGGAAGCCAGCACUGGAGAGAGAUGUGCAGCAGAGCGCAGGUGGAGACGGCCUGCUGGCACCUGCUCCAGCCGAACACCCCAUAGGCCAGCAGCGCUUGAUGAGCACACCCUCUGACCAAUCACAUCACUGGAUUUUGGAAGGGAGUCUGGAUUGAGGAAAGACUGUGGUGAAAUUGUUUAAAAAUAUCUAAUGUUUGAUAUCCAUUCAAGGUGCGAUUAUGGUUGGCUAGUUAUAUUAUUCCAAUAGUAUCCGGCUGCAGAUUUGACUGACACGCCCCCUGACCAAUCACAUCACUGCAUUUUGAAAAGGAGCAUGGUUUGAGGAAAGACUAUGGUGAACUUGUUUGCUAUCCGUUAAGGUGUGGUAAUGGUUGUUGGUUGAAUUAUCCCAAUAGUAUCUGGCUGCAGACUUACACAUGGAAUCUUCAACAUGCAGUCUCAGACUUAUGCACAGUAAAGCUAGUGAUGUCACUGUGAGGGGCGGG